ACUCAUGGGCAAUUACUAACUUGACGCUUCAGCUGGCCACUUUGCUAAGGAUUGCCCUCAGGCGGCAGAAGGCGGCGGUCGUAGUCGCGUGUGUUUCAACUGUGGCGAAGAAGGCCACAACUCUCGGGACUGUCCUAAUCCCAAGAAAACUCAGUGUCGCAACUGUGACGAGUUUGGACAUAUGUCCAAGGAAUGCCCUAAGCCACGCGAUUACAGCCGUGUCAAAUGCAGCCAGUGUGGCGAGAUGGGUCACACCAAAGUUCGAUGCAAGGCAGAACCCGCUCCUGUUGACGAACCCACCUUUGAUACACCCGAGGGCAACGGUGGCGGCGGCUUUGGCGAUAGCCUUAGUCACCAGAAUGGAGACAGCUUCACGCCGGCAUCUGUCGCAGCCACAGCGGCCCCCGAACCCGAACCGCAGGCGGAGACGGAUGCUAACGAUAACUGGGGUACUAACGACAACGUCGACUGGUGAAUGCUAUACGUCGAUAUAAGCUCUUUGAGUUUCGGAAUCUUGUCUUCUUUAACGCUUAAGUUUGCGUUUAAUAAUUUGCGAAUGUUCGUUGACAAU